AACAGCCUGGGUUUGAUCUAUACCAUCUACGUGGAUGGACUAAGUGUGUCCUUGGAGAACGUCAUUGGGAACCUCCUGACGUGCAUCAUCCCCAUCACCGGCGGAGCUCAGAGGACGAUCUCUCUGGGAGCAGGGGACAGGCAGGUGAUCCAGACACCCAUCAAUGACUCGCUUCCCGUCAGCAGCUGCAGCGUGGCCCUGCUCUUCCGCCAGCUCGGCAUCACCAAUGUGCUGUAUCUCUUCUGUGCAGCCCUUACUGAGCACAAGAUCCUGUUUCUCUCCAGCAGUUACCAGAGGCUGACCGACGCCUGCCGGGCUCUCCUUGCACUUAUGUUCCCCCUCAAGUACAGUUUCACCUACGGGCCCAUCCUGCCUGCGCAGCUCCUUGAGGUACUGAGCACACCAACGCCCUUCAUUAUCGGAGUCCACUCCAUCUUCCAGUCGGAGACGCAGGAGCUGCUGGACGUUGUCAUCGCAGACCUGGAUGGCGGGACAGUGAAUGUCCCCGAGUGUGUACACAUCUCCCUGCUCCCUGAACCUCUACUCCAGCAGACCCGGGAAGCCCUCUCCAUGGUCUUGGACCCGGAGCUGGAGGUGGCAGAUCUUGCAUUCCCCCCUUCAGCGAUUUCUGCCUCUUCUCUCAAAAUGCAGGAUAAGGAGAUCCGUGCCGUCUUCCUCCGCUUGUUUGCACAGCUGCUUCAGGGCUAUCGCUGGUGUCUGCACAUCAUCCGCAUCCAUCCUGAACCGGUCAUCCGAUUCCAUAAGGCAGCCUUCCUUGGGCAGAGGGGGCUGACAGAGGACGACUUCCUCACCAAGGUGCUGGAGGGCAUGGCUUUCGCUGGCUUCGUGACCGAGCGGGGGGCCCCGUACCGCUCCAUCGACCUGUUUGAUGAGCUUGUGGCUUACGAAGUGAAGCGCAUGCGCGCAGAAGAGGGGAACAAGCAGAAAAUACUGCGGCACAUCAAGGAGCUGGCGGAGAAACUUUACAAAAACGAGAACCCGUACCCAGCGGUGACCAUGCACAAGGUGCAGAAGCCCACGGAAGGCUGUCACCUACGCCUCCACCAGAAGCCUUUUCCCCGUUUGGAUGAGGGGACAGUGCAGUGGAUCAUCGACCAGGCCACUGCCAAGCUGCAGACGGCCCCUCCUGCUGUGAAGGCGGAGAAGAAAUGCAUGGUGCCAUCGGGACCCCCCAUUGCCGCCAUCAUGGAGCGCAACGGCAACGCCCUGGCCAACAGUGCCCGUCGCCUGGAGGUGGUCAGGAACUGCAUCUCCUACGUCUUUGAGAACAAGAUGUUAGAAGCCAAAAAGUUAUUCCCUGCCGUGCUGCGUGCCAUGAAGGGCCGAGCAGCCAGGCACUGCCUGACCCAGGAGCUGAACCUGCACGUGCAGCAAAACCGGGCAGUGCUGGAUCACCAGCAGUUUGAUUUCAUAAUCCGCAUGAUGAACUGCUGUUUGCAGGACUGCACUGCCAUGGACGAGCAUGGGAUUGCAGCCGCUCUCUUGCCACUGGUCACCGCUUUCUGCCGAAAACUGAGCCCCGGCAUCACGCAGUUUGCCUACAGCUGUGUGCAGGAGCACGUGGUGUGGACCAACAUCCAAUUCUGGGAGGCCAUGUUCUACUGCGAUGUGCAGAACCACAUCCGAGCCUUGUACCUGGACAACAACGAGGAGAACCACACAGAUGAGAGCACGGAGGAGCCACAGGAAGCCAAGUCUGCCCUGGAGAUAGCAUCAGAGCAGCUGAGGCUCUGGCCCACCAUGAGCCGAGAGAAACAGCAGGAGCUGAUCCAGAAGGAGGAGAGCACUGUUUUCAGCCAGGCCAUCCACUACGCCAACCGCAUGAGCUACCUGCUGCUGCCCCUCGACACCAGCAAGAACCGCCUGCUCCGCAGCUCUGGGCUGGGAGACGUGGAGAGUGUCAGCAACAGCUUCGUCACCAACAGCAUCGCUGGCAGCGUGGCUGAGAGCUAUGACACAGAAAGUGGAUUUGAGGAUGCAGAGAGUUCCGAUGUGGCCAACUACGUGGUGCGAUUCAUCAACCGCUUUGUUGACAAAGUCUGCACGGAGAGUGGAGUCACCAACGAGCACCUGAAGGGGCUGCAUGUCAUGAUCCCUGAUAUUGUGCAGAUGCACAUAGAGACACUGGAUGCCGUGCACAGGGAGAGCAAGAGGCUUCCUCCCAUCCAGAAGCCAAAGCUGCUGCGCCCCAACCUGUUGGUCGGUGAGGAGUGUGUGAUGGAAGGGCUCCGUGUGUACCUCAUGCCUGAUGGACGGGAAGAAGCUGCUGGAGGGAAUAUUGGUGGUCCACCUCUCCUCCCCGCAGAAGGAGCCAUCUUCCUCACCACUUACCGCAUCAUCUUCAAAGGCACUCCCACGGACCCGCUGGUGGGGGAGCAGGUGGUGAUCCGGUCCUUCCCCAUCGCCUCGCUGACCAAAGAGAAGAAGAUCAAUAUCCAGGCCCAGGUGGAUCAGUUCAUCCAGGAGGGCUUGCAGCUGCGCUCGUGCACAUUCCAGUUGCUAAAGAUUGCCUUCGAUGAGGAGGUGGCUUCAGACAGCGCCGAGAUCUUCAGGAAGCACCUGCACAAGCUGCGCUACCCCCAGCACGUGCGUGGCACCUUCGCCUUCACCGUGGGCCAGUCGCCCAAACAAGCCAUGCAGCCCAAGGCCAAGGAGAAGAACCCCUCGCUCAGGACACUCUCCAAAAACCUGGUGAAAAAUGCCAAGAAAACAAUCGGCCGCCAGUACGUGACGCGAAAGAAAUACACGCCGCCCGCCUGGGAGCAGCGGAGCAGCCAGCAGUUCCCAGAGGACAACGAGGAUGAGAUCUCAGUGUCUGAAGAGAUGGACAGAAGCACUUUGACCCCCACCACCACCAUCAGACCUUCGGACAAGAUGACCAUCAACCACCUGGUGGAACGAGCCUGCUGCCGUGACUACCAACGGAUGGGGCUGGGCACCCUCAGCAGAAGCCUCACCCGCUCCAACCUCACCCGCUCCAAGAACGAGCCCUUCCGCAUCUCCACCGUGAACCGCAUGUACGCCAUUUGCCCCUCGCAGACGGACUCCACCAGUUUGGAGCAGGAGAAGUACCUGCAGGCCGUGAUCAACUCCAUGCCGCACUACGCCGACGCCAGCGGGCGCAACACGCUCAGCGGCUUCACCUCCGCGCACAUGAGCAGCUCAG